AUGAGUGACGCCUACGACGCAAUCAUCUACAGUCGGCAAAAUGGCGCCUUCAUGAAGCAUGCAACUAUACACCACUUUGUGUUACACCGGUAUAAUUAUUAUUGUCGUACACAAGAUUAUGCGGGUACUGGAAAAGGGGUUUAUAUUAAAAAAAAAUGGGUUCAGGCCUUACAAAAUGAGGGCAAGCGUGUAGCACUUACUGCUACAACCGGGAUUGCAUGCUGCUUGUACGAUAAUGCAUCGACAGUACACAGGUGGUCAGGCAUCGGUGAUGGUAGGCACGUUGUAUCAGAGAUUAGAAAUGUGGUGGAAAAUAAUGUCCAGUUCACUGAAGUGAAGAAUAGGGUAACCCAGACGGAUGUACUGGUAAUUGACGAGUGCUCCAUGUUAAGCAAAAAAAUGUUCGAAUCUUUAAAUGAAGUAUGCAAAUUAAAGGAUCCACAGCUUUUCUUUGGUGGUAUUCAAUUGAUACUGUCAGGUGACUUUACACAGCUGCCACCAGUUCCAAACCAGAUGUAUGGAGAAGAAGGUGAUUUUUGUUUUACAAGUGAAUUGUUUGAAAACAUUUUGCCUCACAGAGUUAAACUGACUGAAGUAAUACGGCAAACAGAAAAAGAAUUGAUAAAAGCCAUUCAGGAGAUUGCGAAUGGAAUCGUCAGUAUAGAAACAGAAGUUUUUAUGAAAGGGUUAACUCGACCAUUGCCUUGUGACACUGACUCUAUAAAAUUAUUUGCAAGAAAUGAGCAAGUGGAUGUAUAUAACAGAAAUCGAAUAAUUGACUUUCCUGGUCAGUUGUAUGAAUUUCGCUCUGCAGAUGAAGGCCAUCAGAAGCACCUUAACAAGAUAUUAGCUCCAAAAACACUGUGGCUUAAAAUAGGUGCGCCAGUUAUUUUGCUUCGUAACCUAUCCAAUAAAUUGGUUAAUGGUCUGCGUGGUAAUAUAUAUGACAUCAGCGAAACAGGACCGGUAGUGGAGUUUCCAUCUUUGAACGUUAAAGUGCCACUAGAAAGGUUUAGAUUUUCUGUUUUUAGUCCAUCCCGAAACACUGAUGUGGCCGUAGGAAUUCAGUUUCCAAUAAAAUUGAGUUUUGCAAUGAGCAUACACAAGUCACAAGGAUUAACACUGGAUAGUUUGGAGAUCGACUGUCGUCAGAUAUUCAAGCCAGGACAAUUGGGAGUUGCUCUUGGACGGGCUCGAGAAACAAAAGGUCUACGAGUGAUAAACUUUAAUGUAAAGAAAAGUGUAAUUUCACAACCUGCUUGUGUCAUGAAUUUCAUGCAAAAAGUAUCUGCUGACUUUCAAGAGGAUAGAAGUUGUUGCAACAAUAAACAACAAAGGUUAGAAGAACCUAUUGGCAUAGGUGCAGGUAAUUUGACUGUUGAUGACAUGAUUAUGAUUGAUGAACUUACUGAGCUUGAUGAACAAGAAAGUUCAGAGGAAUUCGACAGUGAAUUUGAUGAAGUUAUCAAAAUGAUAUGUGAAACACAGAGUGAAUCAGUAAAUCUUCCAACAGACUUGGAUUUAGACGGAAUUUUGACUGGCAUUAAAUGUACGAUUGUGAAAACUCCAAUGCAAUACAAUACCAACAAAAUCCUGACAGAAAUUGAUCAUGCGAAGUACAUACAGUUCUGUAAACAUGAAUAUGCAAAGUUGUCAUCUUUUGUUGAGGAGUUAGAUGUUGAUCCUUCAAAAUCUGUACCAAGUAAGCUGCAGACUGAAUUUUACACUAAAGUACAUGCUUACCAACUACCACAACAAAACCAGAGUCCCUAUUAG